AUGAGGGUUGAUUUGAAAGAGCAACUCCCCACUAAUAUAGAUAAUCACAAAGCCGAUAUUGCAUUUGAUCAUUCAGAUGAGCUCGAUGCUCUAUUUCACAACAAUGAUCCUAUGGUAGAUUUGGGUAGGAAUGAUGAUGUGGCUAUAGAGGUAAAGGGAUUCUCCGAACACGUUUUUAAUGUCGUUAGGAUGCCCGUUUCUAGUGUUUUCUUUUUGUCAAGGCGUUACAUUAGUGCGUCUUCAAGGGAGAUAUAUCUUGGCAAGUUGUACAAAAAUAAGGAAGAAAUGAAGAAUGUAGUGGGAAGGGGGAAGAAGAAGGGACGUUAUGACAUGUUUGAGGUUACUGUGUUCCACAACAAACACACAUGUAAUCUGAAUUCUAGAAAUUCUUAUCACUGUACUCAAGCAGCACCGUGGGUUAUUGGGUACAUUAUUAAGAAUAAGUACACAUUAGAUAGAACUAACUACAAGGAAAAAGACAUACAGAGGGAUAUAUUUGAUGAGUAUGGCAUCAAGAUGAGUUAUAAGAAGGCUUGGAGGUGCAGAGAGAAGGCAGUUAUGUAUGUGAAGGGUACGCCAGCAGAAUCUUAUACGAAGUUAUAUGGUUACUUAUACAUGCUGGAACAGAAGAAUCUGGGUACUAUUACUGACAUUAACAUGCUUGAAGACAAAGUAUGGGGAACAAUGUUAGUUGCUAUUGCAUACGAUGCAAACAACCAAUUAUUUCCAGUAGCCUUUGUAAUUAUCAACAGUGAGAAUCAUAACUCUUGGAAGUAUUUCUUGCGGAAGUUAAAGGGAGCCAUUGGGGAGGUUGAAACCCUUAUAUUCAUAUCAAAUAGGCAUCAAAGCAUUGAACAUGCUCUUGAGGUUGUUUUCCCAGAAGCAUGCCAUUGUGCAUGCUUCAAGCAUAUUAUUAUGAAUGUUGUUCACAAGUUUAAGACUGAUGUAUGUAACAAGCAAAUAUGGCUUGUAGCUUAUGCAUGGAACAAGACAGAAUGUGAUAGACAUUUUGAGGUGCUCAAAUGGAUGGAUCUUGCCUUUGCUACAUACCUCAAGCAAAUAGGGUUUUCACUUCAAAAUUGGUUUGUUGAUCGUCUCGAAAAAGCAAGUAAGUGCACUACCCCUUUGGCUACUACUUUUAAAGAUGAUUUAAUAGCACAACACAAAGAUGGUAGGUUCAGGAGUGUCCUUCAUAAUGGUGAGCAAUUAUUUAACAUUGGUAUGGGUCCUGAAGGUGAAAGAGGUGGUGAUGUGGACUUAGUGGAGAGAACAUGCACUUACGGACUGUUCUAA